AUGUCUACUGGAAAAUCUGAGAUUGUGAUAGAGGAAGAUCAAAUAAGGCAGAAAUUGGACCGUUUGUUUGAGAAAUGGAAAAAUCCACCGCCAAAUUCAAAUUUAUCUAAAGUGAAUUGUAUAUUGACAUUUACCGGCAAAGCAAAGACUGAUGAAGGUGGUACCUAUCAGCAGGAAGAGAUACAAUUAUGGUUAACAGGUUAUCAGUUUCCAGAGACAUUGUUUUUGUUUAUAAAUGAUGGAAGUUGGUUAAUUGUUACUAGUCCCAAGAAAGCAACUUAUAUCGAGCAGAUUAAAAGUUAUUAUAAGAAUCUCCAAAUAAUUCAUAGAGUUCCAAAUGAUGAUAAAUAUGCACUAAAUAAAUUAUUUGAUAUUAUUAAGAAGACCAUAAAUGUGCCUGUCAUUGGAGUUCUUGGAGAUAUGGAAUUUCAUGGAGAUUUUGCAUUAAAUUGUAAAGAAUUCUUUAAAAAUUAUCAAUCAUUAAGUGUAUCCCAUGAUAUAUCAUCAAUUAUCGCAAUAAGAACUGACAAGGAAAUUGUUUGGCAACAAUGUUCUGGGCAUUUAAGCUGUGGUGCCUUGAAGUUUGGUUUGAUAAAUGUUAUUGAAAAUAUAUUGGAUACCGAAACACAUGAAACCCAUUCUUCAAUUGUCAAACAAAGUUUAAAUUUGAAGCCAGAUUCUAGACUUGUUACUAAACUCGGGGAUAAGUUUAAGAUGGAUUACAAUGAAAUGGAAAUUUUAUAUGGAAAUGUACAAAGUGGACAUAAUUGUUCAUUGCGGAUUGGCGCUAAACCUACGGAUGAAUAUUUAUCUCAUGAUCCAGGAACAAUUUUAGUUUCUAUUUGUUCAAAAUACCAUGAAUAUUAUACGUGUAUAACCAGAACACUGAUUCUCGAUGGCAGUCAAGUACAUAAGGAUGUUUAUAAUGCAUCAUGGCAAAUAUUAUCAUUUGCAAUUAAUUGUCUAAAACCCGGAGUUUCAUUUGCAGAAGUAUAUGAUAAGGUAUACGAUAGAGUUUCAGAUAAGUAUCCUAAGUUAUUAACAAAUUUUAGCAAGAAUAUUGGUCAUGCAAUUGGUCUAGAGUUUCGAGACAACAAUUUAAUAUUAUCACCAGAAAAUAAACAAUCAAUAUUAGAAAAUAAUAUGGCUAUAUUUUUAUCCAUAGGCUUUAGUAAAGUAGAAGGGGAUAAAAAUUCAAAUCCAUUCUCGGUUUGGUUAUGCGAUACUGUUUUAUUGCGUAAUGAUACUCCAUUGGUGUUUACAGAUGGAAUUACUAAAUUAAUAGAUAAUAUUAGCUAUGAACUUGAACAGGAAAAACCAGAAAAACAGAAUAAGGUAGCCGUUUCGGCAUCUGUAUUGAAGAAUGCUGAAUCUGUGAUACUUAAAGAUAGGCUACGCCGUCGUGAUGCCAACAGUAACGCUCAUGCAAGUCAUCAACAAGCACAAGAACAGUUGCAACGACAAAAAGUUUUGAGGGACGAGAAGUUGGAAGAGAUUAAAAAGAGAUACGGAAGAGAAGGAAAUUUGGGUACCAAUGUGAUAAAGAAGGAAUUUAUUAAACUAGAUACAAUGCAAUGCUUUCAAAAUCCCGAUAUGUUCCCUAAGGACAUUCAGCCUAGCAAAAUUUUUGUGGAUUACCGUGGUGAAGCAAUAAUGCUGCCAUUAAAUGGGUAUCAUGUGCCAUUAAGCAUAUUGAGUGUAAAAAAUGUAUCGUGUAAUGUUGAAGAAAAUAAUAAGUUUUAUACGUUACGUAUUAACUUACAAGUUCCAGGUUCAAAUUCCUACACUAAAAGUGAAGGAAAUCCGUUGCCUGAAGUAUCAGGGGCCAAUGUCUUAUUUAUAAAAGAAUUAAUUUUCAGAUCGACCGAUGGCAAGCACAUACAAUCAGUCUUCAGGAGUAUUAAGGAAUUGUUUAAGAGUAUAAAACAGAGGGAGAGCGACGCAGAGACAAAGGGCAUGGCAGUGCAGGAUAAAUUACUGAUUAAUAAGACAGGCAAACGAAUUUUAUUGAAGAAUUUGAUGGCCCGACCGAAUAUUCAAGGCGCAAAGAAAACUGUUGGAAUGCUUGAAGCUCAUGAAAAUGGAUUUAGAUACACAGUUAAUGCAAGAGAUAAUGUUGAGAUUGUAGAUAUAGCAUAUGAAAACAUAAGAUUUGCAAUAUUCCAACCUUGCGAUCGUGAACUAAUAGUUCUAAUCCACUUCCAUUUGAAAUAUCCAAUACUAGUGGGUAAAAAGAAGACACUAGAUUUUCAAGUAUAUUCUGAAGCUGGAACUCAAGUGGAUGAUCUGGAUAAUAGGAGGGGUGGCGCUUACUACGAUCCUGAUGAGCAGCUUGAGGAGAUGAGGGAGAGAGAGAUGAGGCGAAGGCUCAAUUCUGACUUCAAAAACUUUGUUACCCAAUGUCAGCAAGUUAGCAAUAUUAAAUUUGAUCUACCCUAUAGAGAACUUAUGUUUACAGGAGUGCCAAUGAAAAGCAAUGUAGAAAUAAUACCUACUGCAAACUGUUUAUUACACCUUAUUGAAUGGCCACCUUUCAUUUUAGAACUGAAAGAAAUAGAAAUUGUAUCACUUGAACGCAUCCAACAUGGAUUACGUAAUUUUGACAUGGUCUUCAUUUUUCAAGAUUACACCAAACCUAUUAAACGCAUAGAUCUGAUACCAGUGGAAUUCUUAGAUGUUAUUAAACAGUGGUUAAAUGAAUUAGGUAUUGUAUGGUAUGAGGGGAAGAACAAUUUGCAAUGGACAAACAUUCUUAAGACUAUACUCUCUGAUGUAGAAUCUUUUGUUGAGAAUGGAGGAUUUGAAGGGUUUUUGGGCGAAGGUGAAAGUGAGUAUGAGGAUGAGGAUGAGGAUGAGAUGGAUGGAGAUGAGGAAUAUGACAUAGACAGUGAGGAGGAGGAUGAUGAAAGCGAAUAUGAUGAUGAAGAAUCAUUGGCGGAUGAAUCGGAAGAUGAAGAGGAGGAAGAAAUUGAGGAUGAUGAGGAGGAAGUUGACUGGGAUGAAUUGGAGAAUAGGAGUGGAGACAAGAUGCCCGCUAAAAAGGUCAAGGUAUAA